UGAUAAUCAUAACAAUCGUCAGUUGCAUGGGAAAUCGGUUUUCGUACGGUAGAGUCGAUCAAUUCGAUUUCACGAUUGAGCUAUUUUUAUUCGUAGGCAUUGGUUUGUUUGAAUUAAACCAUGCCGGAUCCAUUCGAAAUAGUCGUAGGAACAUACGAGCAAUAUUUGCUCGGUUAUAAAGUAAACAAUAUCGUUAACGAAUACAAGAUGGAAAAAACUUUCGCCACUCAUAGUCAUGUCGGUAGUAUACGUAGCGUUGCUAAUAACAAACAUUAUUUAGCGUCUAGCGGAGCAGAUGAUUCUGUUUAUCUGUACGAUUUGCGUUCCAGAGUAGAAACUGGUAGAUUGAUACAUCAUAACGAUACUGUUAAUUGCAUUGCAUUUACCCCUGAAGCAUCUCACUUAUUUACAUGCAGUAACGAUGGAACUAUAGCUGCAGUUCGGUGCGGAAAUUGGCAACUAGAGAAACAUUGGCAGAAACCGCAUAAGGGUUUCGCUGUAAAUACCUUGGCUAUUCACCCGACAGGAAAAAUAGCAUUAUCUACCGGAGCAGAUGGUAUCCUUAGAACAUGGAAUUUAGUUAAAGGGCGACAAGCGUAUGCAACAAACUUAAUGCCAAGAUUGAAAUUGGAUGCUAAAAAUGUGAAUGUUCUGAAAUGGAGUCCCAAUGGUGAAAAGUAUUUGUUAGCUGUGAAUCAAAGGAUAGAUGUAUAUUCCGUAGAAUUAGCGGGGAUCGAUAGCGAAAUUAAAUUCGAUUCAAAAAUCGUUUGUGUAGAAUUCUUGAAGGACGAUUUAAUUGCCGUUGGUUUGGAAAAUGGUCAGAUCAAGUUUUAUGACCUUGAGAAAUCAGUUCAAACCGUAGAAGCGGUUGCGCAUGAUAUACGAGUGAAAUGUAUGGCUUUCAAGGACGAUUUAUUAGUUACCGCUUCCAGUUCGGGAGAAAUUAAACUAUGGAGAUAUCGUAAACAUAAAUUGGAUAUGCUGCAAACUGUCAAUUGUGGUGCUCGAAUUACCUGUUUGUCCCUUGCGAGUUCGUAUAAGAAUCUCGUAUGCGAUGAAGAAAUAAUAGAACCAGAGAAUGGAGAAGAGAUGAAGGAGAAGAAGAAGAAGAAGAAGAAGAAGAAGAAGAAGAAGAAGAAGAAAAAUUUCAGACUUGGACAGGAAGUGGUUGUCGAAAACGAAAGUGAUCGGGAAACAAUUUGGACCGAUGACUCGCGUAUGAAAUUAACGAAAAAAAAAUCAAAGAAAAAAAGGAGUAUAGAAGAGGUGCAAACUGCAAUUAUUCCAGAUAAAAAAAGGAAUAAAUCGAUUUUAAGGAAAAAGAAGGUAGAAGACGAUACAACGAUUGAUAACAGUAAUUAUUUACCUAAGAAGAAGAAGCGUAAGUCGUCGAAUAACGAUGACGGCAGUAUCAAUUAUGUUAACGAUAAGAAGGAAAAGGAAAGUUGGAAUAGAGAUAGAAAGAAACGUUUUAUACCUUCGGAGGAAAAUAAUAAUACAUGUUUUAAGAGAGCAAGAAAAUGGAACGAGAAGACUUCGGAACAGGGUAUCGCUGGAAAAUUGAACGAAUCGGAAGUGAAAUGGAUGGAAUGGAAAGAAAACGGCAAGGUUCUUUUGAAAAAAAGGAAAAAGGAAAAAGUCGUGGAAGAGAAUGGGCCGAGUUUAAAGAAAAAGAAGAAGAAACAAUGAAAGAGCGGCGAA